AUGGCUGGCGGCGGCCCUGACGGACCUGGACCAUGGCCCCAGCUCGUCGCCCCCGCGCCGCGGCCAGCGCCGCCGCCGGCACCGCCGGCGCCGCCGAUGCGCGCGCCGGACACGGCGGCGCCCGCUCCUGCCACGGGGUCCAGGGCGACGGCGGGUUUCGGCGCAAGCCUGCCCCCUCCUGGCCGUAGGGAGGAGGCGGUGAGGCCCAUUGCGAAGAGCCUCUACCGGGAGCACCCCGAGGUGGCGAGGCUGGGCGCGGAGGAGCGCGGCGAGCUGAUGCGGCAGCUCGGCGCCGCCAUUGAGGGCCACGCCAGCCCCCCGGCGCCGCUGAUGCGGUUUGACCAAGCGGGCUUCCCGGCCCCGAUCCUCCAGUGUAUCGAGGAGCUGGGGUUCCCAGCGCCCACGCCAAUUCAGGCGAUCGGUUGGCCGGUGGCGCUCUCGGGCUUCGACAUGGUGGGGCUGGCCCAGACCGGCAGCGGCAAGACCCUGGCCUACCUCUGCCCCGCCUUCGCGCACAUCGCGGCGCAGCCGCCCCUGGACGACGGCGACGGCCCCGUCGCCCUGGUGCUCGCGCCGACCCGCGAGCUGGCCGUGCAGAUCCAGGCCGAGGCCUUCCGCCUGGCCGAGGCCAUGGGCGUCCGAGAGGCGGUGGUCUACGGGGGCGUUCAGCGCCGUGGACAGGUGCAGGAGCUGCGGCGCGGCUGCGAGAUAGUAAUCGCCACCCCAGGCCGCUUGCUGGACCUGCUGGAAGGUGGGGCGACCAACCUCAAGCGAGUGACAUACCUUGUGGUGGACGAGGCAGAUCGCAUGCUGGACAUGGGAUUUGAGCCGCAGCUGCGCCGCAUCGUGUCGCAGAUCCGGCCCGACAGGCAGACAUUGUUGUGGUCGGCGACAUGGCCGAGAGAGAUACAGUACCGCUUCCCUGUCUCAUUUUGUCGCUGUUUCUUUCUUCGUGAGUGGAGCACGAGAGGGAGGAGAAGGAGUGCGCCCCUCCUUCCCUCUUGGUACUUCUUCGUUUGCUUUCUCUCUCACUCUCUCUCCUGCCUAUACACCCCUGGAUCUGUCAUGGGCAUAUUCAUUUUUUUUUUUUGA